GCUACUAGGAGGCAGAGUUACUUUACCUAAAUAUUCGUUGUUUGAAAGGUUACUUGUUGUGUCACUAGCCGAAGAAUAGAUUUUGAUUGUAUAUUUAUCGCCAGUAACUUUCACUAACAUCCAUGUCCGUGAAAACAAAAAUAUCAGAAAAAGAAUACACCUCGAUUGAACAUCCUGGGCUUAUGAAACAUGAGCUAUCAUUUUAUGAAACCUUAGGUGGGGUUCCUGCGAUACAAAAGGCUGUUUCAACGUCGUUUCGCAAUCCCAAACAUGCACUCUUGGAGCUAAAGCUACGUCCUAAUGAUCAUUACCAUCACCCAGUACAAGCAAAGCUAAGACAAAGAAAUGAUAUUUUAGUACGAGUCAAGAAAAAUGGGGAAAUCGAUAGUGCCGGUAGGAUUCGUCAUGCUUUUGUUUUUCGAGAUAUGGCCGAUUUCCAAUACAGCACGGAAAAUUCCCCAUUUGCUAAGAAGUUAGACACUUCUCUUCGCACGUUAAACUUUGAUGCAAUUAGCAAAUUCAAUAUAGACUUAUCACCAGUGCAGCGCGAUCAUCUAGACAUGCCUCCACCCCCUCUUUUCUCACAAGUUCCCCUUCCAACAUUUUACAACUACCAGCAAAAUCCUCUUGUAGGGCGCGUUCGGUUACCUGAUGGUUCAACAAGGAUAAUGAACCUCAAGGGUCAAUGUCGUGUAUGGAUCAUUACAGCCACCAUGAAUAUUGACCACGUCCCCACUACGAAGCAUCAAAAGCUUUCGGAAUCUCCGAGUAAAAAUGUCCAAGAAGUAAUUGAUGCAAUAAGCCCUUUAUUUCGAGAUCGCCCUAUUUGGACGCGCCGAGCUUUAUUGAACCACAUUGAUUCUUCCUAUGUACAUUAUCUAAAGUUUGCAUUGCCUCACAUUGCUUAUUUAUGGUCCUCGGGUCCUUUUCGCGAUACAUAUACUAUUUUUGGCUACGACCCUAGAAAGGAUCCUAAAGCAGCUGCAUACCAAUCCCUCUUCUUUAAAUUAAAGUUGAAUGAAAAUAAAAAAGGACCUAAAAAUCAUGUUUUUGAUGGAAAAACACUUUAUCCCUCGAACCGUAUAUACCAAAUCUGUGAUAUAACCGAUCCUCAAAUAUCUUCCCUGCUAAGGGAUUCUCCAUUACGGUUUGAAUGUCACCGUGAGACUGGUUGGUAUAAGAGUGGUAGAUUCUACAAAGUUAGGGAUUUAAUGCGUGAAAAACUAUACGCUUUAACUGAGGGCAAACAACCUUCAGCUGUUACGCUUGAUGCUAUUAUGAAUGCUGAAGAAGUGGAUGUUUCUGACAAAGAGACGAAUGACGAUGAUAAAGAUGCUUCGGCGAAAGACAUUGCAAUGGAGCCUGAGGAGUAUACAUCUUCUGAUACCCGGGUAAAUGAACUUAUGAAGAAUUUGAUGGAGCGGAGCCAAGAACAUGAAGGUUUUGAUGAUUUAUACGAUUUUGACGAAGACUAUGAAGAUAUAUUUGGCGAAUAAAUACUUAGUUGUCUACUAAAAUUCUUCCACACACUAAGAAAGUUUUAUUUAUUUUUGGUCUAAGCCUUUCAUAUUUAUGCACUAUUGAGCAUUGUUUACUUAUGUUAUACAAUCAUUGUCAUUUUUUUUUUCUCUUCGUUCAAUGAUUUUGAUUGCAUGAAAGCUUUUAUGAGAUUAUCUUUGCCAAAUCUAGGAGAUACCGCAAUCUUGCGUGGCGGCUUACAUAUAGCUAUUAACUGAAUUUUUUCUUGUAGAAUCAAUUUAGACGGAGCUAAACAAAUUGGCGAGUCGGGUCUAUAACUCCUCAGUGCUUAUU